GUUCUGGGGAAUGCGCUUACAACACUAACACCAACACCACGAUAGCCAUACCCAAUUACCCAUCCUCUUCCAUAACUCUCCAAGCUUCUUCCCAUGUACGGUCCACCGAUCGCCUCUAUGAGCACCUCCUCCGCCGUGCAACACCAGGACACUACUGCUUCGGAUAUGGAGGAGGAGGAGGAGGAGGAGGAAGAGGAGGAGGACGUCGUCCAGUGCUCUAAUGGGGAUGGCUCUCUCGACAACACCCGUUCUCGGAUCGGCUACGAACCCCCCAACGGUUCUCACUCGCUUGAUGGGGCUAUCGUUGCCGACGCCGUUGGCUCACACGCGCUGUGUGGCUCGGAUAUGGCUCCUGCUGUGGCGGCUGCCGCUGGGGAAGGUGGCCCCGAUCAGCUUACGCUGUCGUUUCAGGGCGAAGUUUUUGUUUUCGACUCGGUUUCCCCCGAGAAGGUUCAGGCAGUUUUGUUGUUAUUGGGUGGGUAUGAAGUACCCACUGGUAUUCCUACUCCUGGAAUGACUCCUACAAACCAUAGGUACUUGAGCGAUUAUCCCGGGAGGUUGAGCCAACCACAAAGGGCUGCUUCCUUAAACCGGUUUAGAGAAAAGAGGAAAGAACGAUGUUUCGGUAAAAAGAUUCGCUAUACUGUACGCAAGGAAGUUGCUCUCAGGAUGCAGCGUAAGAAAGGUCAGUUUACAUCGUCAAAGUCUGAUGAACUGGGUUCAUCUUCUGCAGAUUGGAAUGGAAAUUCUGGCCAAGAAGAACAAGAAACCUCCUGUAGGCAUUGUGGGAUUAGCUCAAAGUCCACCCCUAUGAUGCGACGUGGACCAGAUGGGCCAAGAACUCUCUGCAAUGCAUGUGGUCUUAAGUGGGCCAAUAAGGGAGUCUUAAGAGACCUUUCAAAAGUUCCAAAUGGUGGACUGCAGCACCAUGCCACGAGGGCCGAUGAAGUUCUCAACGGUGGAGCUAACGGGGAAAAUGCUGCUCUACCAGCUGCAAAUGCUAUUGGUUCUUCUAAUGGUAACAAUUAAGUCUUGACUGCACUGUGGCAAUUAAGAAUUUGCCUUCCCUGCAGCCAUUGCAGUCCCAACUUCCCUACUGUAAUUUUGAUUGAAAUAGGUGCUCAUGAGAGGCUAUUACCUGCUCAACAUCUCUUUUCUUCUUUUAUGUGCGAUUGUACAUAUACUCUCUGUACUAUUGUUCAAAUAUGUUGAUUAUUAGAAAAGGUUUAGGGUGCAUUUGGCUUGAUGAAUUUGGAUUUUAGGGAA